CACCCUAGGCGGCCAUCGCAGCUGCUGCAUGAGUUCCUUUCUUGACCUGCGAGACCAUUGCCCUUCUGCGUGCUCCAUGAUUACUAUGCAGGUUGCGAGCUUUGUCCUCAUUUCUUUAAUUGUAUGUAGGUUGUUUGAACCUCCGGCCUGGCUGUCCCCGUCUAAAGCUUUGCCAGAAAAGGCGUAAAAAGAUCUCCUCCUGCCUCUAACACUCUGAGCUGGAAGAAGAGCGUCCACUGCUGACCACAGCGCACAGGACAUGGCGAUUCUGCCGCACAUUCUGCUCCUCAGCCUCUUUAUUCUGACACCAAUCGCAACAGAUCAAAAUGAUGAAAGGCCAUUAGUGACCACGAAAUAUGGACAACUACGAGGUGUUACGGUGCCAGUAAAGGAAACAUCAAGAGUCAUUGAUGUAUUUUAUGGAGUCCCUUUUGCAAAACCUCCAGUCGGACCUCUGAGAUUUGCUAACCCGGAACCUCCUGAGCCGUGGAGCUCUGUUAGAGACGCCUCCAAGUAUGCCCCCAUGUGUUUACAGUUUGAACUGGUUAUGAGUAAAUUAAUAGUCGGUUACCGAUCCUCCCCUGUGAUGCCCCCAAUCUCAGAGGACUGCCUGUACAUGAAUGUGUAUACACCAGCCGACAGACACAAGAAAUCCAAAUUACCUGUCAUGUGCUAUAUACACGGUGGUGCGAUGGUUUUGGGGACGGCCAGUACAUAUGAUGGCUCUGCACUUAGCGCCUAUGAGAACGUAGUGGUUGUGACCAUACAGUACAGGCUGGGGAUCCCAGGAUUCUUCAGUACGGGAGAUAAGCAAUUUCCUGGUAAUUAUGGGUUUAUGGACCAAGUUGCUGCCCUACAAUGGAUACAGGAAAACAUUGCAGAUUUUGGUGGUGACCCCAGGUCCGUCACUAUAUUUGGUGAAUCUUCCGGUGCGAUGUGCGUCUCCGCUAUUAUGCUGUCUCCCUUAGCCAAAGGUCUGUUCCACGGCGCCAUCGCAGAGAGUGGAUCAGUAACCAACACAGGCUUUAUAGUCAGCAACUCUGAAGAGCUCGUUCCCUAUCAGGAGUUAGUAGCGAACAUAUCAGGCUGUGAUCUCGCCUCCUUAGCCGACUGUCUGAAGAAGAAAUCAGAAAAGGAGUUUCUCGCUAUUACCCAAACAAUGGGCGUGACAGCUUUUCCUGGAUCAGUGGACGGGGUUUUUCUACCUAAGCCAGUAAAGGAGAUGAUGGCUAACAAGGAAGGAAACAAGGUCCCGUUUCUCAUUGGAAUUAAUAAUCAGGAGUUCGGCUGGGAACUUCCAAAGCUAUUUGAUAUAACAGGGAUAACAGAAGGAAUGACAAGGGAGACAAUGAUCCAGAAGGUCCAAGAUGCUAUAUCGGUUCUGAGUCCUAACGUCAUCCCUUUCGUUGUUGACGAGUAUAUUGGUGACAUCACUGAUCCACUGAAGAUUCGUGAUCGCUUCUUGGACUUGUGUGGCGAUCAAAAGUUUGUUAUACCGGCUCUUCAGAUUGCAAAAUACUAUCGAGAUCUUGGGCCUCCCGUCUACUUUUAUGAGUUUCAGCACCCACCAUCCUUCCUGGCUCGCGAAAGGCCAAAAUUUGUGAAAUGCGAUCAUGGAGAUGAGAUCUUCUUUGUGUUUGGAGGAGCCUUCCUGAGGGACGGUGCAUUUUUUGCUGGACCUGCAACCCCUGAAGAGGAAGUCCUGACCAGGAAGGUUAUUAAAUACUGGACGAACUUUGCUCGGACUGGGAACCCCAAUAGUCGCAACCACACAACAUGGCGGCAGUACGGCACAGAAGAACACUAUAUGGAGAUGAACCUAAAUCUGAAAUCGUCUUCAAAGCUGAAGGAGAGUAAGUACAAGUUCUGGACUGAGACCCUUCCAGAGAAAAUCCAGUCCCAGAAAGCGGUUGGAGUUGAUCGUACAGAGCUGUAGAUCCUGACAUAGAAGCUUCCUACACAUGGAAGAACCAAACAGCGAGAGGAGUUAGGAGAGUUACAAUU